AUGUCGACAUAUGAGGGGUGUGUUGCGUGCAAAGACGGGUACAUGCGAUCAAGUGAUGGCAAACAGUGCGUUAGAUGUGACACGUCGUGUGCAACGUGUUCCAAUGAUGGUGAUUCUGUGCAACCCACAGACAGACUUGAACAACUGUUUGAACAAGACGACGACUGGGUGUACAUUGUGCGAAGGUGGUUUGCACUGAAAGACAAUUUGUGUUACAAAUGUGGUGAAAAUUGCACAACUUGUGAUGCCACUUUUGAGUGUUUAAAAUGUGGUGAUAACAACAUUCUGAAAGACAGCGUGUGUGUUCACUUCUCACAAAUACCAAAUUGCAUCUCAUCAGAGAACUCCUUGUGUUGGGAGUGUGCAGAUGGCUACAAGUUGAGUGACGACAAAAUUGAGUGUUUUGCAAACACGAAUUAUGGUGUGGUUGUUGUUCUGUUUGUGCUGAGAAAGAAAGACAACAAACACGCUGAAAAUGUGUGUGUCUUCAAGGUGAGUCGCUCCAAUAUUAUGAUGACGAAACUUGAUGGCGACAUUCUAUCAAACAAAAAUGAGAUUUCAUUUGGUGAUGAAGACGACAAGAUCUGCAUUGAGACUGAAAGUCGCGAAUUGUUGUGUGUUGGCAACUCGUCUAAAAGUAACGUGAAAAUCCAAAUCACAACAAAAGACAAAUGCGACAAAUACAAAAUUCGCACAGAACCACAAAUUGUGACUUUAAAAAGCGGAUUUGCAUGCGAAUUUGAAGUAUUUAUAACGCCAUAUUGCACAAUGGAUUUGACUGAUGAAGUCAUGAUUGUUUCACUUGAUUUAAAAGGUGGUAAACAAAACACGACUUUAAUGAACAUCAAAGCACUGGUGGAACAAUCAACACGUCUUGAUUACGACGAAAUCAAAACAGAGAAGAAACUUGGUGAAGGGUCUUUUGGAAUUGUCUACAAAGGAACUUACAGAGGAAAUGUCGUUGCAGUCAAAAAGAUGAAACACGUUGAAAACUCAAAUGAUGAAAUUGGAAUGAUUGAAUUUACAAAAGAAGUUGAGAUGUUGGACAAAUUUCGGAGUGAAUAUAUCGUCCACUUCUAUGGCGCUGUAUUUAUACAAAACAAAAUUUGCAUGGUCACCGAGUUUGCACAAUAUGGAUCUUUACAAGACUUGAUAAAACACAAAACGAAUGACGAAGUUGACAUGAAAAUGCGAGUCAAAAUAAUGAGAGAUGCAUCAAAAGGGAUUUCAUAUUUGCAUGAGAAUGGGAUAUUACACAGAGACAUCAAGCCAGACAAUAUUCUUGUGUUUUCACUUGAUGUAAAUGAUAAAGUGAAUGCUAAAUUGACUGACUUUGGAAGUGCAAGAAAUAUCAAUUUGUUGAUGACUAACAUGACUUUCACUAAAGGUAUUGGAACGCCAGUUUACAUGGCGCCUGAGGUGUUGAAAAAAGAAAAGUACACAAAAAGCGCAGACAUAUUUUCGUUUGGUGUCACUAUGUAUGAAGUGUUUGGGUGGACUAAUGCUUAUCCACUUGACGCAUUUAAGUUUCCAUGGAAAAUCGCAGAAUUUGUGAUGUCUGGAAAACAACUUCAAAGAAAAGAAAAUAUACAAGAGAAGUUGUAUGAAAAUAUACAAAUGUGUUGGGCUCAAGAAAAAGCAAACAGAGCAUCUAUUGAUAACAUAAUAAAUGAACUCGCUUUGUAA